GAGGCCAAUACUGCGCCUGUCGAGUCACAGGAGGCACAGAACGCUACCACAACCGAGGCCACAACUGAAGGCCCUUCAGCUACCACUGACGUCGCUGAGGCACCUGCCACUACCGAGGCCAUGGACACAUCGGACGACAACACCGAAGGCAAGGAAAACGAUGCAGCACUUGCUGGAGCACAAGCAACUACUGAGGUCAACGCACCAGACGGCGAAGGAAAGACUGAAGCAGCCAUACUCCCAUCUGAUGUCACCGAUGUCGCAACGCCCGCCGGCAACAAGAACGGAAAGAGAAAGUCCACUGGUGGUGUUCCGGAGCACAAGAGCAAGAAACUGAACAAGAAGAAGUCGGUAGCACAGCUGAACCUCGACAUCAAGGCAGGCGACUACUACUGGGCCAGACUCAAGGGAUACUCUCCAUGGCCCUCGAUCGUCUGCGACGAGGACAUGCUUCCCGAAAUCCUCCUGGGCAACAGACCCGUCAGUGCCAAGCGUGCCGAUGGAUCUUACCGCGAAGACUACGAAGACGAUGGCAAGAAUGCCAAAGACAGAACCUAUCCUCNNUCUUGGAUGGUGAACACCUCCCUCACCAAGCUUGAGCCUGGUGACUGCACUCCUGACAAGCAAACUGGAAAGAUGUCCAAGGCCCUGAAGGAGGCCUACGAUAUUGCCGAAGAACGUCACGAUCUCGACUACUUCAAGAAUAUGCUUGAGGACUUCAUGCAGCAACAGAAGCAGGCCCAGGAGGAAGAGGCCGCCAAACAAGCCGAGAAGGAGGCCAAGGCUGCUAAGAAGGCUGAGAAGGCCGCCGCAGACAAGACCAAGGAAAAGAAAGAUCGUAGAAAGAGCAAGAGCAAGGAGACUGUUUCUGACGCGGACGAUAUGGACCUUGAUGUCCCUGAGGACGCAGAGGCCAAGCCUACCAAGAAGAGAAAGAAGGAUGCUGACAGCGAAGGCGAGGGUCCUAAGCCCAAGAAGACCCCCAAGGCCACAAAGGUCGCAGCUACCAAGACUAAUGGUGAAUCGGCCAAGAAGGCAGCCAAGCCUAGAAAGGUUGUGCAAAAGCCUGCUGACGAGGAACCUGUCACCGAAGCCGAGAAGCUGGAGCGCCGCGAGAAGGCCGUCCUCUACCUACGCCACAGACUGCAGAAGGGUUUCUUGAUGCGCGAUCAGACACCCAAGGAAGACGAGAUGUCUACAAUGAACGACUUCUUCAACCAGCUUGAAGGCUACACGAACCUCGAGCCCGCCAUUAUCCGUGGCACCAAGAUCUACAAGGUGCUUCGUGGUAUCAUCAAGCUUUCAUCGAUCCCUAAGGAGGAGGAGUUCCAGUUCAAGAAGAGAUCAAACGAUCUCCUUGCCUCUUGGCACGAAGCACUCGGCUCCAAGGGAGACGAGAAGGAAGAUGACAAAGCUGAGGAUAAGGACACCAGCGAAAAGGCAGAGAAGUCCGAAGAGAUUGUCGAGAAGACAGAGUCCAUGGAGCUCACUGAGGCUCCCAGCAACACAGAAGCUGCUGAGAACAAGGAUGCUGCCAUGACCGACGUGAAGGAGGACAAGGCCGAGGCCGCACCUGCUGCAGAGAGUGAGACUGCAGCCGCCGAG